AUGUCCUUCGAACUCCUCCCCGCAAAUCCCACAGACUCCCCCGCCCUAACCACCGUCUUCCUCUCCGCUUUCAGCAACCCCUUCAACCAGCGCCUGUUUCCACACACCCCAGACGUAACCGCCUACUGGACCACACAAUUCACCUCCUUCAUCAACAAUCCACACAAGACCGUCCUCAAAAUAAUCGACUCAGCGGAUGGUGCCAUCGUCGCGUUCGCGGUGUGGCAGCUCCCUGCACAAUCCCCCCCAGAGGAUAGCCUCGAGAAACAUUCGCAUUCAGGCGAUGAGCAUCACUACCCCGCCAGUUCCGACAGCGAGCUCUGCAGGGUAUUCUUCACCGGGAUGAAGGAGAUGAGGGGGAGGAUUAUGGGUCGUCGGCCUCAUUACUAUCUGGAGAUGUUGGGGACCAGUCCAGCGUAUCAUGGGCGGGGCCUUGCGUCCAGACUGCUCCGGUGGGGAUUGGAGCGGGCUGAUGAGGUUGGAUUGGAGACGUAUCUGUCGGCGUCGCCGUCAGGAAGGCCGCUGUAUGAGAAGUAUAGGUUUCGGCUGGUGGAGGAGAGGGAGGUUGCGGGUGGGUAUGUGCAGGGGUAUAUGCUUCGGGCUGGGAGGGAUGUUUGA